AGCUUGCGCAUAAAAGCAGCAAAGGAAUAUUUAAAAAGCAAUUUUUAGAAGUUGAUAAGCAAUCCUUAGAAGUUGAUAAGAUGGACAAAAGACCGGCAAAUAUUGUACAAAAAUAUCAAGAUCAUAAUAAGUACACAUCAAAGACCAUUAACACACUAGAGAUCACGAAAUCAUUAUCAAAAAUGGGAAUUGCAAGUGCUCCGAUAGAUACCGUGGAAAUUCCGGAAGAGUGA